AUGGCGGACAGUGAUACCGAUGACAUCCUGUCGGAGGGUUUUCUGGAACCCGGCGAACUAUUGGACAGCGACGACGAUCAACCAGUCGACAACAGCACGUCGGCGCGGACCAGCCAGCCGAUGGCACAGCUCAACAGACCCAAAUUGAACAGAAAUACGUUCCAAUCGGCGUCCAAUUCGGAUCAGCAGCCCACAUCAGACAUCACAGACAAACAAGUCCAGUAUAUUCUAAACAGUCUUGGCAUGAACAAAAACAACAAAGACAUUCAGCUGAAUGCUUUACAUUUGCACGGAGUCAUGGGAAUGACCACUAAAGAUAUAAUCGAUUAUUUUGAUAAAUACGAUCCUAAAUUUUUGGAAUGGGUAUCAAAUUCUGAAUGUAAUGUUGUAUGGCUGGAUGAUCGAAUGCCCACUAAGGCGUUAUUGGAUUUAACUCGACCGAUACGUGAGCUAAGACAUAUUACGUCUGCAGUUAAUGAUGAAUUAAACAAUGAACAUGGAGCUUUAAAUGAAAAUCAAAACGAUGACCACAUGGAUCAAGAUGACGUAUUAGUAUCAGAAGAUUAUGUCAGCUGUGUGGGUUACAAGUUGCCCCCAGGUAUGUGGCGAAAAGCAAUUAAGCCACAUGAAAAAUCCAAGUGCAUAUUGAUGAGAUACAGUACCGUGUAUGACAAACAAGAUGUAAAGAAUAAAAGUGCUGAUGUAGAAGACGGAGAUUAUGAAUUAUUUUCCCAAGAAAGUCGUAAACGUAAGUUUAUACCUGUCAUCAAUCAUCCCGAUAUCGGAGAUGAAAUGUUGAAAGACGACGUUCGGUGGAAGUUGGCCAAAAAUCCAGGAAUCAAUACUUGGACUGCAAUAGCCAAAACUUGGAGCCAAUAUGACAAUGCUAUGGAUAAUGCUAAAUACAAAUCCAAAGUACGCACUCCAUCACCACCACCACCCACAUCAUCAUCAGGUGCAGCUAGUGAAGAUGACGACGAUGAUUAUAAUGAUGCUAGGUAUAGAGAGAGCAAAAUACCAAGAAUGCGUAUGUAUGCAGACGAUGAGACACAAGCUACUACAAGGAAGCGUCUGAAUUCAAGUUCAAAUUCAAGACAUCAAGUAAAUAUAGCCAACGACUUGCGAGAACGUCUCAACGGACGUUUGGUUUCUGCUAAAGUAGCAAAAGCAAUUCGCGCUGCUAAAGCGCAUCAGUAUCUUGAUGAUGAGUCGCUUGAAGUAGAUAUUGAAGAUGUUAAUGACGAGGAAUACACUGAUAUUCCAUUUAGCCGUGCAACUCGUCGAGAUAUUCCACGCCGCCAGUAUUUACAUGAAGAUGAUGGCGAUUACACGAGUGAUGAAGAUGUGUAUGAAAAGAGAAACGUUAAGAGUAGACUUGGGCCUCAUAGAAAACAUAGUCACCGUUAUAAUGCUCGUUCUGUGUCUCCACUCCAGAUACAAAUUAAUAAUGAUAAAUAUUAUAAGCGUAUAAAUCGGCGUUAA